AUGAGGGGGGGGCGUGGUCGUGGUCGCGGUGGGAAACAGAGGGGUGGUUGGAACCAGUCGCCUCGUCAAAGAGGCAACUUCGGCAACCCUUAUAUUGCAACCACGGCACAGAACGUCGCUUUCACACUACUUGACGAAGCCCGACAGUCCUCUCAUCAUGAUAACUCGUUCUGGAGCAGUAACACGCAGCUUCGGAAGAGACCCGUCACCUUCGUCAGUUCGGGCACUCACGACCCUUUGCUCGAACUACAGAAAGAAGCAGAGAUUGCAAAGGAUGCUGCCCAAAGCAAUUCAAACCCCGAAGACCCGAUGGUCAAAGACAUCCCACCGCAACAAGAAGCUCCUGUAGAAGCAAUAUCUGAGACGAUAGACGAAGACCUAUCACCUGUACAAACAACCCAUGUCGAAGCAGCAACUGAAGAGACUGUACCUGAAGAAAUUACACCUGAAGAAACAAUAAUUGAUGGAACAGCGCCUGAAGAAACAACAUCUGAAGAAAUAACACUUGAAGAAGCGAUUACUGAAGUAUCAGUACCUAAAGAACCAAUACCCGAACAUACGAUACCUGCGGAGAUAACACCUGAAGAGACAGCACCUGAAGAAGAGACGCUUCCACACAAGGCAACCGAAGAAGAGAUUAAUGGGGAUUCAGCAUCUCAAGACGACACCUCCAGCGAUGAAAUCAUUGUGUUCAAAGGCCGAAACGCCAUGAAAGCAAAGGCGGAGGCUCCCAGCAUCACACUUACAUCUAUGAGAACUGAGAUCCAUGCAGUGGAGAAGCAGAUCUCGGUUGCAGUCAGGGGGCCUCAAGUCCGUACUACACUAGAAGAUGACGAUUCCGACGAUCUGCUAUGGCCAACAAAGAAACAAGACAAAUCACGCAGGCGGCGGAAUCGGGAGAAGGACGAAGAAGACGCUUGGAUCGCCGAUUACAUCGCCAACAUGCGCGAGAAUGGCGAAAUGUUUGAGGGAAUGGGAAUUGAUGGUGAUUCAGAUAAUGAAUCAACAGAUGAUGAUGCCGAAGUUCCUCCACCAGCACCUUCAGGUCCAGAAAUCGCCAAGGAAGUUGAAGUUGAUUCCGAAUCAGAAGAUUCUCCUGAUCUUGAUGAUCUCGAGGAGCAAGCUGGUUUCGAUUUCAUGGACUGGGAACGGCCCAGUCUGCGACGUAAAAAGGGCAAGGGGAGGCGCCUGCAGUUGCUCGGGGAUGACAUAGACUCUGACCUUGAGGAGCAACUUCAAUCUGCAUUCAACAAUGAUCGGCUCAAAAAGGCUCAGAGGAAGAAGGAGAGGGAGGAGUUGCGAGCGAUGGGAUUGCUUGGCAAGAAGGGCCAGGUUGACCUGCGAGCAAAAUACUCAACAGGCAUAACCAUGAGCCAAGUUGCAGAGGAGGUUAAACUAUUCCUCAUUGGAUCUCAAGAAACGCACGUAUACCGUAGCACUAUCAAAACGUUCAUCUUACUGACUGUUUCCUAG